CACAGAUGCGUGCUAUAAAAGUUAUAGUGCUGAGCUUGUUGCUGCUGCAGGUGGACGGAAACGAUAAAGCCAAUUCAACACAUACAACUCUAAACUCUCCAAAAAAUGACACACAAAAUAUUGUCAAAUUUGCUUUUCACGAUCACUGCGAUGAGAUUUACAAAGCGGAAAACUUGGCUGCUUACAUUAUUGAGGCCGUAAUGGAUAAAUUAAUGUUACGUCUAAAAACGGCUUGCGGGAUUGAGGAAAUUUUUCCCCUUGUGCCCAACAUCGUGGCGGGAAAUUUGUGGUGCAAUGGCAAUUUUCCGACAACCACAGAUGUUCUCUUGAACUACAUUUUUUACGACGUCGAUCGUGAUUGUCAAAAGAUACCAGGAUUUUAUGGUGUAUAUAUCAAAUUGGAAAAUUAAUUAAAAGUAUUCUUCUUUGAAGAAUGGUCGAUUAAAGCAUGUAUUUAUGUUGAAA